CCCUUUGUUUCGCUUGGUAUUUGGGCUAUAAAAUCAGGGUAAACGCUGCCUUGGCGGUCAUCCCCAAGCCCUCGACACCCGGGAAAAGCAGGAUGUUUAGCCACCUCCUCACUACAAUUAUUCUCUCCAUCGGUUUUCGAGCCGUGACUGUCGUGGCGCAAAGCGCUACAGCUUACUGCGAUUCCACGAGUGGUAUCUGUUAUGCAGGCUAUACAGACCCAACUUUGAAUAUCACAGUUGGCCUUGUCUUACCCCCUUUGUCUACCGGAACCACGCCUAACGCGACUGAAUUCGUUGCGGAAUUGAUUGCGCCUGCCAGCUAUGGCUGGACCGGUCUCAGCGUUGGGGGUACUAUGGCAGACAGCCUUUUGUUCACGAUGUGGCCUUACAAUGGCGAAGUCAUAUUUGGCCCUAGGUGGACUUCCGGUUAUGUGCAACCUCUUCCCUACUCUGGUCCCAUUAUCACCAUGCUUCCCGACACGAUGGUAAACAGUACUCACAUCAAGGCAUCUUUCCGCUGCCAGAAUUGCACAACAUGGAAUGGCGGCGCACUUGGAAGUGGUGAUCUGAGCGGAUUCCAGCUUAUCGCCUAUGUCGCGUCGGAUGACACACCCGUUGAUGAUCCUUCCAACGUCGCAUCCAACUUCACGGAGCAUGACCAGAUGAACUUCUUCGGUCUUGAUUUAUCGAUCUCCCACUCUACGAAUUACUCCACAUAUAUCGGGACCACCGGCACAUCUCCAAGUGAGCCUACUCAGACCGAGUACGGUCAGUGCGGUGGGACUGGUUGGACGGGACCAACAGUGUGUGUAACUGGGACUGAUUGCACUGAAGUCAGCCCCCCGUAUUAUAGCCAGUGCCUGUGA